CACCGCGGGCAGAGCCAGAGUCGCUGGAACCCAAGCCCAGGCGUCCCAGUUGCGUCCCAGUUGCGCCAUGGAUCCUUCAGAGAAGAAGAUAUCGGUGUGGAUCUGCCAGGAGGAGAAGCUGGUGUCCGGCCUCUCUCGCCGCACUACCUGCUCGGACGUUGUUCGGGUGCUUUUGGAGGACAGCUGCCGGCGGCGCCGCAGGCAGCGGCGGGGCCAGCGACAGGGGGCGGCGGAGGACCCCUCCGGUCCGUUGGAGCUGCCCGAUCCCCCGGACGAAAACGACGACGAGGAGGACGACGACGCGCUGGCCCAGGGCGUGCUGUGUGGUCCCCCGCACUGCUACUGCAUCGUGGAGAAGUGGCGCGGCUUUGAGCGCAUCCUGCCCAACAAGACGCGGAUCCUGCGCCUCUGGACCGCCUGGGGCGACGAGCAGGAGAAUGUGCGCUUCGUGCUGGUGCGCAGCGAGGCGUCGCUGCCCAACGCCGGGCCGCGCAGCGCGGAGGCGCGGGUCGUGCUCAGCCGCGAGCGCCCCGGCCUGACCCGGGGAGCCCCGGCGCGGCCCAGCCUGGCCCUGACCCAGGAGAAGCAGCGGCGGGUGGUACGCAAGGCCUUCCGCAAGCUGGCCAAACUCAACCGGAGGCGCCAGCAGCCGCCGCCGCCGUCGCCUGGCUCGUCCGCGUCGUCCGCCGCCUCCUCCUGCUCGUCGCUCCCUCGGACCCACGAGGGCGCGUCGGUGGAGCGCAUGGAGACGCUGGUGCAUCUGGUGCUGUCGCAGGACCACACCAUCCGCCAGCAGGUGCAGCGGCUCCGGGAGCUGGACCGCGAGAUAGACCGCUACGAGGCCAAGGUGCACCUCGACCGCAUGCGGAGGCACGGGGUCAACUACGUGCAGGACACCUACCUGGUGGGCGCCGGCCUCGACCUCGACGGACCGGCGCCUGAAGACGAGCCCGAGGCCGGGACGCGGGCGGACGAGGGGCCGGAGGCGGCGGCGCCCCUGGACGGCGAGGCGCAGGCGGCGGCGCUGGAGGAGCUGGCCCGGCGCUGCGAAGACCUGGCGCGGCUGCAGGAGGAGCGCGCCCAGCAGGAGGAGUUGCUGGAGCGCCUGUCCGCCGAGAUCCAGGAGGAGCUGAACCAGCGGUGGAUGCGGCGGCGCAGCGAAGAGCUGGCGGCCAGAGACGAGCCCCCGGAGCCCGACGGCGGCCCGGAUGGCGAGCUGCUGCUGGAGCAGGAGCGGGUCAGGACACAGCUCAGCACCAGCCUUUACAUCGGGCUGAGGCUCAGCACGGACCUGGAGGCCGUCAAGGCGGACUUGGAUUACAGCCAGCAGCAGAGGGACAGUAAGGAGCGCGAGCUGCAGGGCCUCCUCCAGACUUGGCGCACUUUUGAGCAGACGGUGGUGCAUGACGGGGCUCUGGGUUCCGGUGGACCCUCUCAGGAACCUCAGCCUCAGACCUGUGCAGAAAUGUGGGUGGACCAGGCCCGGGGACUAGCUAAGAGCUGUCCCGGCAACGAUGAAGACUCGGAUACCGGGCUGAGCUCCAUGCAUAGCCAAGACUCGGACUCGGUACCCCCAGUGUGUGAAUCCCUCGUGUAGAAGUUGUAGGGAGUGACCCUUGACACUUGCAGCGCGCGCUGGCCCGGCCUGCUCAGGGACACGAAAUGAGGCCGUGGGGGGUGAGCUCAGAGUCUCGGGAUGGGUCUGGAGAGUGGAGGGGGUGCCUGUCAGGCAGCGUGCUCCUCUGACUCAGGGUGAGUGUGGGGGACAAGGAAGCUCUAAACCUCCUCAGCUUUAGAGGGAAAGGGAGUCAGGAGGUGAGAACCCCUCCCUAUUUAAAAAAAAAAAAAAACAAACAACAAAACACGUUAGGUAAAUCGACAAGGUCCAAGCCCAUUUUCAAAACAAGAAUAAAAGAAAGAAAGAAAAACAUUAUGGACAUGUUUACCACUCCUCUGUAUGGGAAGGACUGCUGACAGCUAGAACUAUGGUCUGUGGCAUAAAGUGCUGUUAAAAGAAAACACUUGGAUGAAAAGGAAAUUCCUUGAAUGUUAAUUGUGACUGGAAACGUGUUAAAACUAGCCAAAGAGGACGCACUAGUUGGUCUCUGCCUUGCUUAACAUCUUUGAUAAAACCCAUAGGCAUCAAAAUCCUGGCUGUUUACAUUUCUUCAGGUUUGGGAAUUACCCGUCUGCUAAAUCAUUUGCCUUUUAUUUCUUCAUUGAAAAGCCAAACUGCAUUGAAAUCUAAGGCUGUGUCUUCCUACUAAAUACAACGUGUUAAAAGCUCUCCACCCCCACCCAAACAUAGCACUUUGAGUUUUAAAAUUCUGGCCUACGUAAUCUGGGUGAAAAUGUAACCUGGCUCUUUGGGGUGUGUUUCUGCAGAGGCAGAGGUGCUGUCUUCUAGUUCAUGAUGCCCAGUCAUUGACUCAAUUACAGCUCAGGAGAAAGGGAAGUUGCAGAAUGAAGCACAGCCCACUUUGCUGUUUAAAAGAACGUCAGUGUCGACUACAAGUUGAAAGCAAAGAUCUUUACAUAGUGUUUAGCUGUUAAAUCCAGCUCUGUGAUUUAAACCAACCAUGACCUUUCAUGAAUUUUAUGCAGACCCAAGUCCAACUUUAGUUUCGUUGGCCGGAGAUAAGGUUCUGGUUCAAGUAAACUGCAAAUGCCAAUUAACUUCAAGUGCAAACAGUAGGGUUUACUAGCUAAGGCCCCCAAAGAGGGGAGAAAAAUGAAGCAAUCCAAUAGGCCACUGUGGGUAAACAAAUAGAUUAACCAUAGCACGGAGCCAUGGUAAAAGCACAUCAAAGUGAGUUAAGAACUUGAGGUGCUCCUGCCUGGCCGCGCCCCUCUGCACGUGGCAGGGGAGAUAUAAGGGUGACAUUGUCUUCUGUGGUUGGUGUAAUUGUUCCAGGUAUUUCAAUUAAAACUUAUCAGUUGUAGUUAGCUGUCGGGCCAGUGGAAGGAGCCUGCUGGUCCAUUUCCCUGUGGAGCUAGGUACUUUCUGAGGAAUGUGGAUCUAAUCUGUCCGGAGGAGGCAUUAACAAUGGGGUGUGUGUGUGUUGCCAGAGGUACAGAAGGCUGGUAUCAACUGAACUAGCAAGGGGCCUACUCCCAUUCCCACAGUGACGUGCAAAGGUAAGUUCCGAGGCCUUGGGAUUCAUAGCUGUUUCCUUCCUUGUGGGAUCAGCUGUCUGAGUGUCCCCAACAGGAGCUCUUGACAUCACCAUUGGAGCGUCUUUUUCACUGACUGUCCCAACACUGAAGCUGCUUUGGAAUUAUAACACAAGUGACUGUGCUCAGAUUUUCAAGUAAAAUCAAAA